AGACGGCUCUUGCCGAUUCGUUCUGAAAGUUCUCUCGGCAGUGAUUCGUGACAUUUUAGCCUCGAGUGAAGCAUGAUACACACUCGUGAAAGGAGGAUGAUACUGAAGGAUCGUUUAGAAAAAGAUAUAGUAUCGCAAAUGCAUUUAUCUGAUAUAAGAAACGUAGCAUGUCGUGUCCUCAUUCAUUAGAAAAAUAGUACGAGCAACAGAGAAGAAAAACGCUGCCAAAAUCCAUAAUUUCAGGAAAAAAGCCGCUCUUUUUUUCUUUAAGGAUUUAAAAGAACUUUGGUGCCGAUGAAAAGUGUAUAAGACGAUAAAGUGAUUGAGAUAGCGGUGACCCUUUCGCUUAUUUUUACGGAAUCCUUCGUUGGAAUGUUCUAAUGAUGCUGCGUACGUUGUAACGUGAACGAUACUCUCCAGAACCCAAGGAAAGUAUGGUCCAAAGGAUACCAAAAUGAAAACGACUCGAAACCCUCCUACAUUUUGGAGAUGGAAGAGAAGAAGAAAAGCGCGCACGAGCAAAAUUACGCCGAUUACGAUCCGUAUAAUUACAGAAUGGUGGAGCACCCGACCACCAACGCGGAGACGAUGCUACACCUGUUGAAGGGUAGUCUGGGCACUGGGAUCCUCGCGAUGCCGAAGGCCUUCUACAAUGCCGGUUACAUCAUCGGCCUGAUCGCCACGUUUAUCAUAGGAUUAUUCUGUACGUACUGUAUGCGAAUCCUCGUACAAUCGGAGUAUGAGCUGUGCAAGAGGCUGCGGGUGCCAUCCAUGUCGUAUCCGGCGACCGCGGAAGCUGCGUUGGCGGAAGGACCGAUGUGGCUGAGACGGUGUUCCAGAGCCUCCGUUCACAUAAUAAACGGCUUCCUAAUGAUAUAUCAGAUGGGCACUUGCUGCGUCUACGUGGUAUUCAUCGCCAGCAACCUGCAACUGGCGCUGAAAACAUGGAUUAAUCUGGACCUGAAUGUAUACAUGGCGAUUAUCUUGUUGCCCUUAAUCCUCGUCAACUACAUUAGGAAUCUGAAAUUCUUGGCACCGUUCUCGACGCUUGCGAACGUUCUUAUGUUCGCCGGAUUUGCCAUCAUACUCUACUUCAUUUUCCGGGAACCCUUGUCGUUCAAAGAUCGCGCGCCCGUCGGAAAUAUCGCAAAUUUCCCACUCUUCUUCGGCACCGUCCUUUUCGCUCUCGAAGCUAUUGGCGUGAUCAUGCCGUUGGAGAACGAGAUGAAGACGCCGAAAGCCUUCAUGAAGCCGUUCGGUGUCCUCAAUCUUUCCAUGAGCGUCAUAAUAGUGUUGUACGCUGGCUUGGGAUUCUUCGGAUACAUACGUUAUGGCAGUGACAUCGAAGGUAGCAUUACGCUCAGUCUGCCCACCGAUGAAAAGGUGGGCAAAGCGGUGCAGAUUAUCUUAGCCAUCGCUAUCUUCUUCACGCAUCCCAUUCAAUGUUACGUCGCUAUCGACAUCGCGUGGAACGAGUACAUCAGCCCUGCGAUUGGUAAACAUCGCUUCAAACUGGUCUGGGAAUAUGUGGUUAGGACAGUUAUAAUCCUGCUCACUUUUGUGUUGGCGAUUACAGUACAGCAGCUGGAUCUCUUCAUCUCGUUAUUCGGUGCGUUCUGCUUGUCGGGUUUAGGACUCGCUUUCCCGGCGAUCAUACAGAUAUGCACCUUUUGGAAGAUCGCGGAACCUAGAGAGAGGAAGAUCAUGCUGGCGAAGAACAUCUGCCUGAUACUAAUCGGAGUCCUGGGUUUGAUAGCAGGCACUUUCUCGAGUAUCAGCGAGAUCGUGGAAAAAUUCUCAAAAAAGUGAUGACGAUUUGUGACCAGGCCGUGCAAUGAUAUUGCAAUCGAAAGGGGGGAUAAGUCAUUCUCCGCGUGAGAAAUGAACAGUGAUAAUGUGAUACGUAGUUUGAAGUUCAUCAUUCGCCAAGAGUAAAAAGUGGCAUCUAAAAAUGAGCGUGCAUUUAGAGGCUUUAGCCGUGCGAAUAAACAUCAUUGUACGACACGAUGUAUCACACACAGAGAAAACACGAAGGAGAGGGGUGAAGUUCCUAAGUGCGCUUUUAGUGCGGUUUCACGGGCGUUCAUAUACAUAAGACUGUUAUGACGUGGCAGGACCUGAGCAGCACACGUAUUCGGCGCGUGCAGCCGGUAUGUAAAAAAGGUUUCAUUGUACAGAAAUAAAAGUAAUUUUAUUUUCA